AUGAUUUGGAAAAUAAUUCAAAUUCUUAUUGCAUGCAUAAUUCCCAAUAUUGGUGGAUUUGUGGGAAGUUUAUUUACUAAAACUGAUUCAUAUUCUUGGUACGGAGAGCUCAACAAGCCAGCAUUUAAUCCUCCUACAUGGCUGUUUUUUCCGGCGUGGACAAUUUUGUACAUACUUAUGGGAUAUGCAUCAUAUAGGGUCUGGUAUAUUGGAGGAGGGUUCAAUGGAAAAGCUAAAAUACCAUUAAUAUCGUACAUAAUUCAGCUUAUUUUAAAUUGGUGCUGGACUCCAAUAUUUUUCAUUUUAAUGGAACUUGGAUGGGCAUUUGUAGAAAUUGUUGCUUUAUGGGUUGUUAUUAUAAUUACAGCAAUUUUGUUUUAUCGCGUUGAUAAAAUUGCCGGAAUCGUUUUUGGAGUUCCAUAUUUAGCAUGGGUCACAUUCGCAUCAAUUCUUAAUUUCAGUCUGUGGCAACUAAAUUGA